AUGGAAGGGCUUAAUCCCAUUUCAAAUGAUGUGGAAUAUGCUGCUUUUAUUUUUGAUGCUUAUGGAACAGAUGGUGUAAUUUCGGUUUAUGUGGAUCAUAUUGGGGUUGGUGUUGAUGGGUGGCUUGAUGAUGAAGAUAAUGAUGAUGAUGAACAUGAGUCUUGUAUUGAUGGUGAAAAUGAAGAUAACAUAGAUGAACUUAGGAAGGUUGCCUUUGAAAUUAAUGAGGAUGUAGUGCAUAUGAAUAGGACAUCAAAUGAUCCUUUCUUGAGUAAGUUAUGUGUUGAUGAUGAGGAGGAUAUUACAUUGUAG